AUGUCCGGAGUUAAGCACGUUAGAAAUAAAAAUUUACUGCCAGAUUUGAGAAAAGAAGGACGAUUCUCUAAAGAAAUAGUGUUGUCGACGUCAGAAAAACACGGAGUACCCACAGGAUCUAGGCUUUUUUCACAUCACACAUUAGCUAGUGUUAGAAAAUUGAGCUUUUAUCAUCCGCUAUACAUUCCAGACGAUAGCUUAGACAUCGUGUUGGCUGCGACGUACAACCAUUCUACGGAACAUUUUGCUGACAAAGAGGAUUUGUAUCUGCAGCGAGAAACACUCGGUUGCGACACUUGGAGACGACUCAGGAACACGUUCGACAAGCAACCGCCUGUCGUUAUACCAUUAGGUCAUCCUAUGAAACGUGGUGGUAUCACAGAGAGGAAGUCUCCAUUCAGUGUUAAACUGAUGAACUCCGGCGUUCAUUCCUCGCAGACCAACCCUGGUUAUAGUCGACAACCGGCUGGAGGAGCUAUUUUCUUCUAUUAA